CACGUGGUAGAUUCAAAAUGGCGGCGUCCAUGGAUAAAACUGAGGAAGAAACUUCCUUCAAAUCCUUGGGCGUUGUUGAGCCUCUUUGCGAAGCUUGUGAGCAGCUUGGYUGGAAAGCACCGACAAUCAUCCAAAAAGAAUCGAUUCCUCUKGCCUUAGAAGGAAAAGACAUCAUUGGUUUAGCAGAAACAGGAUCAGGGAAAACUGGAGCAUUUGCUUUGCCUAUUCUACAGAAAUUACUUGAYAAYCCUCAAAGGCUUUUYGCUCUCAUACUAACACCAACCAGAGAACUAGCCUUUCAGAUAUCAGAACARAUUGAAGCUCUUGGAUCUAGUAUAGGAGUAAAAUGUGCUGUGAUUGUUGGUGGUAUUGAUAUUAUGUCUCAGUCUCUGAUGUUGGCCAAAAAACCUCAUGUUAUUAUUGCAACCCCAGGAAGAUUGGUUGAUCACCUUGAAAAUACAAAAGGAUUUAAUUUAAGAUCAUUGAAAUAUUUAGUAAUGGAUGAGGCUGAUAGGAUACUGAAUAUGGACUUUGAAGUAGAGGUCAAUAAAAUAUUAAAAGUUAUUCCAAAGGAAAGAAGAACAUCUUUAUUUUCUGCCACAAUGACAAAAAAGGUCCAAAAAUUACAAAGAGCAUCAUUACAAAAUCCUGUCAAAGUUGAAGUUGCCACAAAGUAUCAAACUGUUGAAAAACUGCAGCAAAGUUAUUUAUUCAUUCCAUCAAAAUUUAAGGAUUGCUAUCUAGUAUAUGUGCUUAAUGAACUAGCUGGUAAUUCAUUCAUGGUAUUCUGUGGGACAUGCAACAAUGUACAAAGAGUGACUAUUAUGAUUAGAAACUUGGGAUUACAUGCAGUUCCUCUUCACGGACAGAUGUCACAGUCCAAACGUCUUGGCGCUUUGAACAAGUUCAAGUCUAAAAGCCGGUCAAUUCUUGUUGCUACUGAUGUCGCCAGUCGUGGCUUGGACAUACCCCAUGUUGAUGUUGUUAUUAACUUUGAUAUCCCCACUCACUCAAAAGAUUAUAUUCAUAGAGUAGGACGAACAGCCCGUGCAGGACGGUCAGGACGAUCAAUAACCUUCGUUACUCAAUAUGAUGUUGAGUUAUUCCAAAGAAUAGAGCAGCUUAUUGGUAAAAAACUACCACUCUAUCCAACCGUCGAAGAAGAAGUCAUGUUAUUGAACGAGAGAGUUACAGAAGCACAACGAUUUGCCAGAAUGGAACUUCGAGAAAUAGCAGAAAAGAAGAAGAGGCCAGCAGAAGACGACCUUGAAGACGAAAACGUCAAAAUUCCCGCUAAAAAGAAGAUGGUUAAAGGCGGGAAGAAGAAGAAAGGAAGGCGAAAAUGAAGAACCAAACCCUGCACUCAACAGACACGCCUUGUACACCCAGUGAAUAUUUUGCUUAUUGAAACAGGCAAGGCGAUGGACGCUAACUGGACGGAAGGCUUCUGUAACCCUCUAAAAGAUGAAAAUUGCCGACGCUGACGAUGUACACAYGAAUUGUUAUAUCAAUAUUUACAGAAAUGUCACUAGAGUGAUCGCACUUAAUCCGUGCAACUGUACAACCUAAAUAGUUCCAUUUAGUUGKAUUUAGUAAAUCGAGCAUGCGGUACGCAAAUUAAAUUGAAUUGAUACAAAUGAAGCAUUCAAUACMGUCUUGUUUCAGGUCCACUUUUAGUACAAAUUAGUACUACUUAGAUUUUGUACAGUUGCACGGAUCAAGUGCGUUCACUCUAUCUAAUUCUUUGAAACAUUUAAUAAAUAAAAUUACAUAGGACAUGGUAAAUUUUGAGCAGAGAAACUAGCUCCUCUAGCAGUCAGAAUUACUCGAUGUUGUUUGAAAUAGUCACUAGGCGYUUGAAAUUUUGAUUUAAAAGUAUUCUUGCGCGAGAUUUGAGAGUUUAGUAUUGCACUAGACUUGCCAUAAGAUUUUGACGCACACGAAAUAAAUAGGAAAUUUCGAGAAUAGAGUGAAAUAUUGAAAAAAAAAAAAAAAGCUUUAAGCGAGCGCAGUGCGUCGGGGGCUAAAAGGGACUUGGUGAAAGUUACAGUGCUUGGAAUCUUGUACUUUCAUUGCAUGAGUGAAAGGAUUUUUAUGUACAAUUUGUAAAAGUAAAUUUCUUUCGAGCAACUAGAAAAAAACAAAGACCGUAUGUUGCCAUGGAUUCAUAUUAUUUAAUUAUC